CUUGAGCCGGUCAGGAUCGAACUGCCCAACUGCUGGUAGCCGGCAGUCAGCAGAAGUAGCGUGCAGUACUGCCUUCUAACCACCGUGCCACCACGGCUCUUAAUCCUAAAACAAAAAUAUGGGUAUGCAGAACACAAGAGAUUAGCAAAAGGAGCCCGUGUCUGUAGAUACAUACUCUGUCCAAGAGAGUUGAGUGAUCCACUUAGGAAGUUCAUCCACCAUGUCACCACGAUAUAGGCUCCCUUGUUUGCUAUCUAGUGCAUCUUCAGUCAGGACCAAAACUGGCUUGGCUUUGUGACAUCAUGGAAGGAUGUUAAGAAUUCUGCUGCCUUGAACUUAAGGAGAGAAACACCAUUCUGAAACAUACAUAAAUCUGGACAGAGGUAGGUGAUGCCCUGUCAACCUGACGUUCCGGGUCACCUCGAGAGACGAUGGAUGACGCCGAGGUGCUCAAGAAGAGAGGCUACAUUAUGGGCAUCAACCUUGGAGAGGGCUCGUACGCCAAAGUGAAAUCAGCCUAUUCCGAACGGUUGAAGUGUAAUGUGGCGGUCAAGAUCAUCGAUAAGAAGAAAGCUCCCCGAGACUUCCUGGAGAGGUUUCUCCCUCGAGAGAUUGAGAUGUUGGCGAGGGUGAAGCAUCACGCCAUUGUCAAGACCUACGAAAUCUUUGAGACCUCCGAAGGGAAAGUGUACAUCGUCACCGAACUCGGUAUCCAAGGAGACUUGCUAGAGUUUAUUAAGAAGAAAGGAGCCAUUCCCGAAGAGAUUGCUCGUAAGAUGUUCCACCAAUUGGCCAGCGCCAUUAAAUAUUGCCACGAGUUGGACAUUGUUCACCGGGACUUGAAAUGUGAGAACCUGCUUCUGGACAAAGAAUACAACAUUAAGUUGACAGAUUUCGGCUUCUCCAAACGCCUGUCCCGUGACGAGGACGGGCGGGUCAUUCUUAGCAAAACGUUCUGCGGGUCUGCUGCCUACGCAGCUCCUGAAGUGCUCCAGGGGAUCCCCUACCAGCCCAAGGUUUACGACAUCUGGAGUAUGGGCGUGGUGUUGUUCAUCAUGGUCUGUGGCUCCAUGCCUUACGACGAGUCCAACAUUAAAAAAAUGCUCAAGCUUCAGAAGGAGCACCGAGUCCACUUUCCCCGGUCCAAAGUGCUCUCGGUGGAAUGCAAGGACCUCAUUUAUCAUAUGCUUCAGCCUGACGUCUCCCGACGGCUGUGCAUUGACGAGGUUUUGAUGCACAUCUGGAUGCAGGAACCCAAAGCCACUUCAGACUCCAUGCUGACCAAGUCAGGCGAAUGCUCGCAUCAUCAGAGCCAGAUCCGAUCCCUCUUUGGGAAGGAAACCGGUCCAGAGUUUUCGGAGAGCGAACAAGUGAAACAAGAAAUACUGCACGAGGAUCUCGAGAAGCUAGACAAUCUCCCUGACCAGAUUGAAAGGACUUCCCUCUGAAAAGAAAAAGAGAGAGACGUCAUCUCAAGACAUCUCCCCCACCCAAAAAAAAAAAAAAAA